AUGCUGUCAUUCUGGGAUGUUGUCAUUUGUUUCUCUGCAAAGGAGUGGGAAUGCCUGGGCCCUGCACAGUGGAAAUUGUACAGGGAUGUGAUAUUGGAGAAUUAUAACAACCUUGUGUUCCUGGGUCUUGCUUCUUCUAAGCCCUACCUGGUCACAUUUCUGGAGCAAAGACAAGAGGCUUCAGAUGUGAAGAGACCAGCAGCCACUGUCAUUCAGCCAGGGGAAAAAUGCUUUACAUGCAAAGAAUGUGGUAAAACUUUUGAUUGGAAAUCAAAAUUUAGUAAGCAUGAGAGAAUUCAUUUAAGAGUGAAGCCCUACAAGUGUCAAGAAUGUGGUAAGGCCUUCCGUGUUCCAUCAUUACUUUCUGAACACAAGAGAACUCAUACAGGAGAGAAACCCUACAAGUGUGAAUUUUGUGGCAAGGCUUUUCAUGGUCCAUCAUUAUUUACUAAACACAAAAGAAUUCAUACAAGAGAAAAAUCCUACAAGUGUCAAGUAAGUGGCAAGGCUUCUCUUUUUCCAUCAGGAGUUUCUGAACACAAUAAAAUUUAUACAGGAGAGAAACCAUACAAGUGUGAAGUAUGUGGCAAGUCCUUUCGUUUUCCAUCAUUACUUUCUAAACACAAGAGAAUUCAUACAGGAGAAAAACCCUACAAAUGGGAAAUAUGUAGCAAGGCCUUCCAUGCUCCAUCAUUACUUUCUGUACACAAAAGAAUUCAUUCUGCAGAGAAACCAUACAAAUGUGAAAUGUGUGGCAAGUCCUUCCAUGUUCCAUCAUUACUUUCUAAACACGUGAUAAUUCAUACAGGAGAAAAACCCUACAAAUGUGAAGUAUGUGGCAAGGCCUUUCGUGCUCCAUCACUACUUUCUGCACACAAGAAAAUUCAUACCUCAGUAAAACCCUACAAGUGUGAAAUAUGUGGCAAGGACUUCCAUUGUCCAUCCUUACUUUCUAAACACAAAAGAAUUCAUACAGGAGAGAAACCCUACAAAUGUGAAGUAUGUGGCAAGGCCUUUCAUGUUCCAUCAGUACUUUCUGUACACAAGAGAAUCCAUACAGGAGAGAAACCCUACAAAUGUGAAGUAUGUAGCAAGGACUUCCAUUGUCCAUCAUUACUUUCUAAACACAAAAGAAGACAUACAGAUGAAAAACUCUACAAAUGUGAAGUAUGUGGCAAGGCCUUUCACUGUCCAUCAUUACUUUCUAAGCACAAGAGAAUUGAUACAGGAGAGAAAUGCUACGGGUCCCAUUCUGGAUAAAAACCAUAUAAAUGUGAGGAAUGUGGAAAAGCCUUCUCUACAAAAUCAUACCUAUGUCAGCACAAAUUAAUUCACGAAGUGGAGAACCCUUGCAAAUGUAAAGAAUGCGGCAAAGUGCUCAACAAUACUAAAAACCUUAGGGAUCAUCAAAGAAUUCAUUCUGGUGAGAAACCCUACAAAUGUAAAGAAUGUGGCAAAGACUUUAGAAGUUCCACAGCACGUUCUAAACACCGCAUAAUUCAUACUGGAGAAAAACGGUACAAAUAUGAAGAAUGUGGGAAAAAGCUAUUUCCACUCUUCUGGUCUUAA